AUGGACCGUGACUACGUCCCGCCAGACCGACCGGUGAGUCCACUUACCUACAUGAUCGCGAGAGUCGCGGCGCGCAGAAUGGCCGCUAAUAACGAGGUUCUGCAGUCGCGCUGCAGCCAAUGCGCCGGCACUGACCACCACGACAUUGACGAUGAGUGCCCCGUCGCCGUCCAGCAGCGUGCCAGCAAUGUCUUUGAUAGAGUCAUCGAAGACAAGAAGGCUGCUGAGCGCAAGGUUGAUGAGCUGACGGCGCGCGUGGCCGAGUACGAGUACCUCAUGACUCGUAUGCAGGAUAAGGUGGACCGUUUCCUGCGCGAGAAGGAGGAGGCCCUUCGCCGACACCGCGCUCUCAAGCAGCGCACCGAAGUUCGGGGCACUCUGGCCCUCGAGGCUAUUGGCGACCUGAACAGGGAGAAGCGCGGCCUGAAGACCCAGGCCGAUGACCUGAAGGUCCAGGUUGACGAGCUCAACCAGCAGCUCGCUCUGGAGAAAGCCGAGAACGAGGAGCUCAAGAGGAAGAUUGAAGAGCUCGAGAACUGA